AUGCAAUUAAAAUCACUCUCCACACAAUUAUAUCGUUUUUACACGUCUAGUUUUCUUUGGAAAUUCUCAAACUGUCCUAGUAGAUGUCUGUAUAGUUUUCCGCCAAUUACUCGCAGAGUCCUUCUGAGUUUGAACACAAUCCAGCCUAGAAAGAAAUUUUGUUCAGAUACUGUAACUAACCUACAGUCAACAUUGCCAGUUGCUACCACAUCAGAUAACUCUGAAUUGUCAGAUGAUCAAAACGAAAUUAAAGGAAAGAUGUACAUUGAAUUCACAUGCAAGAAGUGCGCUACUCGGUCAAGUAAAUAUUUUUCCAAGUUGGCUUAUGAAAAAGGUAUAGUUAUAAUUCGUUGCGAUGGGUGCCAGAGUCUACAUCUAAUUGCUGAUAACUUGGGGUGGAUUAAAGACAAACAUUGGAAAUUAGAGGAUUGUGUAAAGGUUAAUAAAAAAUCAGUUUGUAUAGUUUAA